AUGAAGAAGAUACCCCAGUGUUAUGCCAUUAGUCCAGUGGCAGGUGUUCAAGCUGAAAUUGACAAGAUACUAUUCAUCGGUGGGCUCAGCCACGAGACGACCAAGGAGAGCUUAAAGCUAUACUUCGAGCAAUGGGGCAAAAUCAUUGUCUGCGUCCUGAAGCGCGGCUAUGGUUUUAUAACUAACCAGCAGGCAUCGCAGCUGGACAAGGCGCAGCAGAACCGGCCGCACAUAAUCGAUGUCACGGAGGUCCAGUCAAACCGCUACUCACGAAAAUAUGAGCAGGGUGCGGAGGAGGCUGCAGGCACUGGCGGUGGCGCUGUCCCCAAGAGAGCGAAGAAGGCUGCGGGCGGCAAGGCAAAGGCAAAGAUCAAGAGCAAGACCCCCGACGACUACGGCGGCACUGUCAUCAACAUUGCCCGCCCAGAUGACAUCUCUGAGGAGCAGGAGUUGAAGAUUGUGGCCUGGGUGGAAGAUAACGAGAUCAUCUACAACCAGGCAACUGCAAACAGACAAUUCCCUGUGUCCAUAUAG